AUGCCACCGCAGCUGGGCUUUCUCUAUUUCUGCAUUACAAAUCAUUCUAGAGAUGUCCAUGUAACUCAAACAUGGACACUGUUGUUUAACAUGGAGCUGUUGAGGUUUGUGUUCGUGUUGGUGUUGAGUGUGUGUGAAGCCGCAGCUGUGCCAUCCUGCAGGUGGACACACUUCAGACUCCAAACACUGAACGAGGAGAGCACUGGACUGCUCAAAAGCAUGGGUGGUCGGAUGCCACUGGAGUGUUUAGAGGAAAAAAACAACUCCUUUCCACAGGUGUCCUUUCCAAAGAAUGAAAACUUGCUCCCGAUUUCUCUUGAAACUUUUAAUGGAGUCGCCAAAAUCUUCAAUAACAACCACACAUCAGUCACAUGGGACACAAACAACCUGAGUCUCUUCAAGACCAUCAUCGAUAGACAAGUGGACAAUCUGCAGAAAUGCGUAGGGAAACAGGUCCAGACAGUGAUGGACAAAUCUGCGAGCAACAGCACUGAUACACUCAGGUCCUAUUUUGUAAAACUGGAAGAGCGACUGAAAGAGAAGGAGUUCAGCUCAUGCGCCUGGGAGAUAGUGAGAAAAGAGGUGCUGGAUAGUCUCGAGAAGUUGCAGACUUUCAUAGAGAGCAAGAACUGA